AUGAGAGAGUCCAUUGUCCCAGCCUGGAUCGGGAGCCCUCAGAGUUGGGAGGCGAGAGGCUGUUGCCUAGCAACGAGUAUUGAAGAUGCCCUGGAUUGCAGGCAGAAGGAAGAAAUUUCGGCAGCGCCCCCAGCAAAUGCUCCAGCCACAGGCCUUGCUGUGUGUCGCUGCUGCCUAGGCCAGACCCUUAGGAGGAGCCGCUGCAUCCGAGCCUCCUGCAGGGUCCGAAGCUGCCCGUCUGAAAAGUGUGCAGGCCCACAGCGGUGCGUGACCCGGCUACCUCCAGUGCCAACCCCCAGUCCCAGUCCUGGUCCCGGCCCUGGCCUGGGGAAGAGGCAGGUGUCCCUCAACUGGCAACCACUGACGCUUCAGGAGGCCCAAGCUCUACUGAGGCGUCGAAGGCCCCGAGGGCCAGGGGGCCGAGCAGUGCUGAAAAGGAGGCCCCUACAGCGCGCCCCCGCCAGCCAGGCCAGGGUCCUCUGCCCUUUGAUCUGUCACAACGGAGGUGUGUGCGUGAAGCCUGACCGCUGCCUCUGUCCCCCGGACUUCGCUGGCAAGUUCUGCCAAUUGCACUCCUCGGGCGCCCGGCCCCCGGCCCCGGCCAUGCCGGGUCUCACCCGCUCCGUGUACACCAUGCCACUGGCCAACCACCGCGACGACGAACACGGAGUGGCGUCUAUGGUGAGCGUGCACGUGGAGCACCCGCAGGAGGCGUCGGUGGUGGUGCACCAGGUGGAGCGCGUGUCUGGUCCGUGGGAGGACGCCGAGGCGGGAGGCGAAUGUGCGUCGCCUUUGCCCGGGCUCCGGACUCAGGACGUCUGCUGCCGAGGGGCCGGUGUGGCCUGGGGCGUUCACGACUGUCAGCGGUGCUCCGAGCACCUGGGGAGCUCUGACAGAGUGGGUGCCCCAGAUGGACCUUGUCCGGCCGGCUUUGAGAGGGUUAAUGGAUCCUGCGUAGAUGUGGAUGAGUGUGCUACAGGUGGCCGCUGCCAGCACGGGGAGUGUGCCAACACGCGCGGCGGGUACACAUGCGUGUGCCCAGAUGGCUUCCUGCUCGACUCAUCCCGCAGCAGCUGCAUCUCUCAACACGUGAUCUCAGAGGCAAAGGGGCCCUGCUUCCGUGUUCUUCGAGAUGGUGGCUGCUCACUGCCCAUUCUUCGAAACAUCACCAAGCAGAUCUGCUGCUGUAGCCGCGUGGGCAAGGCCUGGGGCCGAGGGUGCCAGCUCUGCCCACCUUUUGGCUCAGAGGGUUUUCGGGAGAUCUGUCCAGCUGGGCCUGGUUACCACUACUCGGCCUCUGAUCUACGCUACAACACCAGGCCCCUCAGCCAGGAGCCACCUCGAGUGUCCCUUGGCCAGCCACGAGUUAUACCAGCUACCCCCCGGUCACCCACAGGUUUUCUGCCCACCCAUCGCCCAGAGCCCCGGCCUGACCCCAGGCCUGAGCCCCGGCCUGGCCCUGAGCUUCCCCUGCCCAGCAUCCCCGCUUGGACUGGUCCUGAGAUUCCUGAAUCAGGUCCCUCCUCUGGCGUGUGUCAGCGCAACCCCCAGGUCUGUGGUCCAGGACGCUGCAUACCCCGGCCCAACGGCUACACCUGUGCCUGCGACUCCGGCUUCCGGCUCAGCCCUCAGGGCACUCGCUGCAUCGACGUGGAUGAAUGUCGCCGCGUGCCCCCGCUUUGCGCUCCCGGGCGCUGCGAGAACACGCCGGGCAGCUUCCGCUGCGUGUGCGGCCCGGGCUUCCGAGCCGGCCCGCGGGCUGCAGAGUGCCUGGACGUGGACGAGUGCCAACGCGUGCCGCCGCCGUGUGACCGCGGGCGCUGCGAGAACACGCCAGGCAGCUUCCUGUGCGUGUGCCCUGCCGGGUACCAGGCUGCACCGCAUGGAGCCAGCUGCCAGGAUGUGGACGAAUGCACCCAAAGCCCGGGCCUCUGUGGCCGAGGGGUCUGUGAGAACCUGCCUGGCUCUUUCCGCUGUGUUUGCCCGGUUGGCUUCCGGGGCUCGGCGUGUGAAGAGGAUGUGGAUGAGUGUGCCCAGGAGCCACCGCCAUGUGGGCCGGGCCGCUGCGACAACACAGCUGGCUCCUUUCACUGUGCCUGUCCUGCUGGCUUCCGCUCCAGGCGACCAGGGGCCCCCUGCCAAGACGUGGACGAGUGUGCCCGCAGCCCCUCACCCUGUGCCUAUGGCCGGUGUGAGAACACAGAAGGCAGCUUCCAGUGUGUCUGCCCCACAGGCUUCCAACCCAACGAUGCUGGCUCUGAGUGCGAGGAUGUGGAUGAGUGUGAGAACCACCUGGCGUGUCCUGGACAGGAGUGUGUGAACUCACCUGGCUCCUUCCAGUGCAGGACCUGUGCUGCUGGCCACCACCUGCAGCAUGGCAGAUGCACUGAUGUGGACGAAUGCAGUUCGGGCGCCCCCUGCGGUCUCCACGGCCACUGCACCAACACCGAAGGUUCCUUCCGCUGCAGCUGCGCACCGGGCUACCGGGCACCGGCGGGUCGGCCUGGGCCCUGUGCAGACAUAAACGAGUGUCUGGAGGGCGACUUCUGCUUCCCCCAUGGCGAAUGCCUCAACACCGACGGCUCCUUUGCCUGUACUUGUGCCCCCGGCUACCGGCCUGGACCCCGCGGAGCAUCUUGUCUCGACGUGGACGAGUGCAGCGAAGAGGACCUUUGCCAGGGAGGCAUCUGUACCAACACCGACGGCUCUUUCGAGUGCUUGUGUCCUCCGGGACACCGCGCCGGCGCAGACCUCGCCUCCUGCCUUGACAUUGACGAAUGUCGGGAGCGGGGCCCGGCCCUGUGCGGGUCCCAGCGCUGUGAGAACUCCCCAGGUUCCUACCGCUGUGUCCGGGACUGCGACCCCGGCUACCACGCCGGCCCCGAGGGCACCUGUGACGAUGUGGAUGAGUGCCAAGAAUAUGGUGCAGCGAUUUGCGGGGCACAGCGUUGUGAGAACACCCCUGGCUCCUACCGUUGCACACCAGCCUGUGACCCUGGCUAUCAGCCCACGCCAGGGGGCGGGUGCCAGGAUGUGGACGAGUGCCGGAACCGGUCCUUCUGCGGUGCCCAUGCUGUGUGCCAGAAUCUGCCUGGCUCCUUCCAGUGCCUCUGUGACCAGGGCUACGAGGGGGCACGGGACGGGCGUCACUGCGUGGAUGUGAAUGAGUGUGAAACACUACAGGGUGUGUGCGGAGCUGCCCUGUGUGAGAAUGUUGAAGGCUCCUUCCUGUGUGUCUGCCCCACAAGCCCUGAGGAGUUUGACCCCAUGACUGGACGCUGCAUACCUCCACGAACUUCUGCUGGCACCUUCCUAGCAUCGCAGCCUCAGGCACCUGCCAGCCCUGGCCUGCCAGCCAGGCCCCCCCUGCCACCUCUGCCCCUCAGACCCAGCCCACCCAGACAGGGCCCUGUGGGCAGCGGGCGCCGGGAGUGCUACUUUGACACGGCAGCCCCAGAUGCAUGUGACAACAUCCUGGCGAGGAACGUGACAUGGCAAGAAUGCUGCUGCACUGUGGGUGAGGGCUGGGGCAGCGGCUGUCGCAUCCAGCAGUGCCCAAGCACCGAGACAGCCGAGUACCAGUCAUUGUGUCCCCACGGCCGGGGCUACCUGGCACCCAGCGGAGACCCGAACCUCCGGAGAGACGUGGACGAAUGCCAGCUCUUCCGAGAUCAGGUGUGCAAGAGCGGUGUGUGUGUGAACACCGCCCCAGGCUAUUCGUGUUACUGCAGCAAUGGCUACUACUACUAUGCACAGCGGCUGGAGUGCAUCGAUAACGACGAAUGCGCCGACGAGGAGCCAGCCUGUGAGGGCGGCCGCUGCGUCAACACGGUGGGCUCCUAUCACUGCACGUGUGAGCCCCCACUCGUGCUGGACGGCUCGAGGCGCCGCUGCGUCUCCAACGAGAGCCAGAGCCUCGAUGACAAUCUAGGAGUGUGCUGGCAGGAGGUGGGGCCUGACCUAGUUUGCAGUCGCCCUCGGCUGGACCGUCAGGCCACCUACACAGAGUGCUGCUGUCUCUACGGUGAAGCCUGGGGCAUGGACUGUGCCCUCUGCCCUGCUCAGGACUCAGAUGACUUUGAGGCCCUGUGCAAUGUGCUGCGCCCCCCUGCAUAUGGCCCCCCUCGGCGAGGUGGCUUUGGACUUCCCUAUGAGUAUGGCCCAGACAUAGGCCUGCCUUAUCAGGGUGUCCCCUACGGGCCUGAGCUGUAUGCACCACCUGUGCUUCCCUACGACCCCUACCCACCGCCCCCUGGGCCCUUCGCUCGCCGAGAGGCCCCUUACGGGUCACCGCCCUUCAACCUGCCUGACUUUGAGGACGAUGGUGGCCCCUAUGGAGGAUCGGAGGCUCCUGCCCCACCCAGCCGGGGCACCGGCUGGCCUUAUCGGUCCCGAGACACCCGAGGGUCCUUCCCAGAGCCACAGGAGUCGUCUGAAGGUGGAGCCUAUGCGGGCUCCCUGGCUGAGCCCUAUGAUGGGCUGGAAGCAGAGGAAUGCGGGAUCCUGGAUGGCUGCGCGCAUGGCCGCUGCGUGCGCGUCCCCGAAGGUUUCACCUGUGACUGCUUCGAUGGCUACCGUCUGGACAUAACCCGCAUGGCCUGCGUCGACGUCAACGAGUGUGACGAGGCAGAGGUAGCCUCCCCACUCUGCGUCAACGCGCGCUGUGUCAACACGGAUGGCUCCUUCCGCUGCGUCUGCCGCCCAGGAUUUGCACCCACGCACCAGCCACACCAUUAUGGCUCCUAA